CGGCCGGCGGCAUGGAGGGGCUGUACCACCACACCAACAAGCAGGUCCACGAGGUGCAGUCCUACAUGGGGCGCCUGGAGACCUCAGACAGGGACUCAGUGCACUUAGUGGAGAACGAGAUCCAGGCCAGGAUAGACAACAUCUUCAGCAGCCUGGAGAGGCUGGAGAUCCUCUCCAGCAAAGAGCCUCCCAGCAAGCGCCAGAAUGCCAAGCUCCGUGUGGAGCAGCUCAAGUACGACGUGCAGCACCUGCAGAGCGCGCUCAGGACCUGCACGCAGCGCCGCCUGGCACGGGAGCAGCAGGAGCGGCAGCGCCAGGAGCUGCUGGCCAGGACCUUCGCCCCCAACGACUCUGCCACCUCCAUCCCCAUCGACGAGAGCCUGCAGUUCACUGAGUCCCUGCAGAGUGCCCACCGGGGCAUGGAUGAGCUCAUUGGCAGUGGCACCAGCAUCCUGCAGGGGCUGAGGGACCAGAGAGUCACACUAAAGGGCACCCAGAAGAAGCUGCUGGACGUGGCCAACAUGCUGGGGCUGUCCAACACAGUGAUGAGGCUGAUCGAGAAGAGAGCCUUCCAGGACAAGUACUUCAUGGCUGGGGGGAUGCUGCUCACCUGCCUCCUGAUGCUGCUCAUCCUGCACUACCUGAGCUGAGCUGCCAGGCUGCCCCCCAGCAGCUGGGUGCUGGCAGCAGCACGGACCCUGUGCUCCAGACUGCCCUCUCCUCUGGGUGCUGCUGGGCAGCAGCUGCUCCUGCGGCCCUGGACGCUGCUGGGGGAGAGCAGAGCUCCCUGGGGUGCUGCAGCUGGCACUGGGCCUGGGGCUGUGCUGCCCUCACCUGCAGGGCUAGGGCCUGCUUGGCUGGGAGGCAGGAGAGGACCUUGUUGCCCUUGGGCAGGCAGGGGCAGGGCCAGAGGCAGAGCAGCUGCCCUGAGCCUCCCCUCUGCCAGCUGCGAGGGACCUCGGUGGCUGCAG